ACAGACGCAUUCGAGAGCAUGCCUGGGUUCUCCCUCCGCUCCCAGGACGCGUGGCGUAAUCACCCCAUGCUGGCUUCGGGCUUCAAACGACCCAUCCCUAAUUUCACCUUGGCCUGCGGGAUUUUUCUCGGUCUCGUGGCAGUGGACUGGGCGAACAAGGCAAUAAAUGGCGAUGGCCAUCACCACGCGAAUCCAGUCUCUGUGACAUUCGUGGACGAUAUCGACGGACCUUCCACGACGGUGAUAGAAGAGAGCAAGGGAAGUCAUGGUGCCCGCCAUUGAGGGGAAGGAGGGAGGG